AUGGGUGUAGAUCCGGCUGCUGCAAUUCCAGUAGCUGUGAAAUCUGCUGGUCUUGAGCUUGGUGAUAUUGAUCUAUUUGAAAUAAAUGAGGCGUUUGCAUCUCAGUAUGUAUAUUGUCAGAAGAAAUUCGAACUUAAUUCUGAUAAAGUCAAUGUUAAUGGAGGUGCUAUUGCUCUGGGCGGCUGGGCCAUCCCUUAG